ACAGCUUUGAUCUUGCUAAAUUGCGACCAAUUCAAUUGUGCUGCAAUUUAACCUCAGUACUUCUAGUACGUUCUGUAAUAUUCUUUUGAGAACAGCACUGGAAGGCUACUUACGUAUAUUAAAAACCAAUUAGGUGAUAGCGCCUGUCUGUAGGUAUUUAAAUAAACAAGCUCGUCCUUUUCUGCCAAUAUAUAGUAAAUAUUUAUUUAUUCAUUAAAUUAUCAUUGUGUAGAUGGUUACUCAGACCUACUCAAGCAUGUGUAAAGUGUUUAUAGUCGUGCUAUUUGUACUGUUUGGCCAGGCGCUGAGCAAACCUCGACCGUCCUACAUAAAGGCCUGUAAAGUGAACUCGCCUGACUUCGAUGAGUGCGCCUUGCAAAAUGGUCGAGGAGCGCUACCUUACAUCGUCAAAGGUGACAGGAAGUACAACAUACCGAAACUGAACCCACUCAAACUACCGGUAGUCAAUGUAGAUGCAGGCAAAGAUCUAAACAUUAAACUCACUAAUAUCGCCGCUAAGGGCCUAGAGAAGGUUGAGUUGGAUAGAGUCAAGAUAGACACCGUGAAACGUGAAGUGUACCUUGACAUGCACAUGCCCAGGGUUGAGCUUAUAGGCCAAUACGACAUCAAUGGUAAAAUUCUCAUUCUCCCUAUUCAAGGAAAGGGACCCUGUAACAUCACGGGAGUGGAACCUAAGUUCCAGUAUCAUUUCAAAUAUGUCCUGGAUAAAGUAAACGACGAAGAAUACAUGAAGCUCACCGACGACGACAAUCUGGACUUUCAACUGAAAAGAGCAUACUUCAACUUAGAAAAUCUGUUUGACGGAAACAAGCAAUUAGGCGACAAUAUGAAUCAAUUUUUGAAUGAAAACUGGCAAGAGGUGGUCAAGGAAAUUGGAGGUGCGAUCAGUCAGACGAUCAGGGCCGUAGCGAGGGCCAUAUCUAGUGGAUACUUCAAGAAAGUACCAUACAGGGAAUUGUUGAUUUUUGACUAGAUAUAAAUAGUUACGAUUGUAGGUAUUUAUAGUGACGAACAUGCUAAAUAUAGUCUUUUGUUGAUCAAUACUUGUCUUAAACCAUUACUAUUAUAAAAAACCGAAUCGUAUGUACUGGACUGUUGUAAACGUAAAAAUUCCAAGCACAAAAUUCAUCACAAGUUGUGAUAUUCAGGAGACGGUGUCAAUAUCAUUUGAUCCAAAUCACAGCUGACAUAAAGCGCCAAAGUCAAUCUACAAUGAUGUAAACCCAUGUAUUUUCUCCGCGACAGCCUAAUUUCGCUAGAGAUAUAUGUUUUAGCAAGAAGUGUGGUGGUACCCCAUUAGAGGUCACAGUCGAUAAUUUGACAAUAAAAGUUAUAAUAAAAACAAAAUUUCAA